CCAAUAGUAGAAUUCAACUUUUCCACCAGUGCAGAAAAAUCAAAUUUCUAUUAUUGGCUGAUAUAACCAAAAAGAAACAAAAAAUCUUCAGAAAUUCUUGAGAUUUUCAUCUUGAAAAGGAUAGAAAAAGAAAAUAAUGGUAGCAUUCACAGGAACUUUGGAUAAAUGCAAGGAUUGUGAUAAGACUGUUUAUUUUGUUGACUUGUUAUCAGCAGAUGGAGCAACUUUUCACAAAUCCUGCUUCAAAUGCAGCCAUUGCAAAGGGACCCUUGUGAUGAGCAAUUACUCAUCCAUGGAUGGAGUCCUCUACUGCAAGCCUCAUUUCGAACAACUUUUCAAGGAAUCAGGGAAUUUUAGCAAGAAUUUCCAAACCCCAAAGCAAGAGAAGGAGAAUUCAUUGACAAGGGCCCCAAGCAAGGUUUCUGCCAUGUUCUCUGGAACUCAAGAUAAAUGCUCUGCCUGUAACAAAACUGUUUACCCAUUGGAGAAGAUGACAAUGGAGGGAGAAUCAUACCACAAAUCUUGCUUCAAGUGUGCACAUGGUGGUUGCCCCCUUACACACUCAUCUUAUGCUGCUCUUGAUGGAAUUCUGUACUGCAAGCACCAUUUUCAGCAGCUUUUCCUGGAGAAAGGAAAUUUCCAGCAUAUCAAGGCUGCUCAUAAAAGGAGUACUACGUCCAAGGAGUUGGACGUCGUGGUCGAGGUCGAGGCCGAGAAGCCAGAGGAAGAGGCAGCAGGACAUGAACCUGAACCAGAUCCUGUCAAGACACAAGAACGAUCUUAACUAUUAUUAACAGUUUGUCUGAAUUCGGGUUUCUUGCUAUGUUUCUGAGUUUCUUCUUUUCUUCUUUUUGGAGCAGUUCUUAAUUCACUACAGUUUACAAGGUAAAAACUAUUUUCUUUUGAUGUAUGUUCACAUUUUGUUUGGAAACUGUAAGCAUGUUCAAGAGGUUGUGCAUUUACUAUUUAAUUCACAAGAAUACCUUGUACAGUA